AUGGAAGGCAUAUCAAUAGAGACUUCACUUCUGGAUAUUAAGGAUGGCAUUGACAAAAUAAUUGCAUCUGGUGAACCUUGCGAUGUUAAUGAGGUGAUAGAUAAAAUUGAUCUCUUUCAACAGGAUCCUGAAGUGCUCGAUAGAGAGUUAAAUGGACUGAUUAAGAAGCUCACAACUGGGUUCUUUCAAUUGGAAAGUGAUGAUAAGAAAAUUCAUAUUGCAAGCGUAUUCUAUACUUUGUCAAAGGUAUGCAAUGUGAAGAAAACGUACAUUCAUCUUGAUGCUAACGUUUAUUUGCUUGAGCAUAUUGAGAAUGCGGUGCGUACAUAUGAUAGUAUGGAAUUGUCCACCCCGGUAAGCUCCAAAAUACUUAAAUGGCAUUAUCUCUAUCUUGCCUUUUGUUGGCUCUGUGUAAUUGUUAAGGCGCCAUUGAAAUUGUCCAAUGAUUCUCAUCUUCUACAAUUUAUUGAUGACAGUAUUACAAAACAUGAAAAGGUAACGGUAUUGCAACCUUUAUUUGCAGAGAUUAAAGCAGAACUGUUGGUCAAGAAUCGGAUACUUCUACAUAAAUUUUGUGAACUACUGCAUGAGACGACAAAUGAUGAAAAUGUUAUUGAUUACUUUGAGAUGCUUUUAAUUUAUAGGAUCUUAAAAGCCAUUGUGAAAAGUCCUAAGCAAUUUAGUAUCUAUCGUGAUGAUGUAGGACUCAUAGAACUGCUUUCUUGGAUAUGUUUGUAUCAAUCUGAUCGCUUAUUAUCAUUGGAGAGGGGAGCAAUCUUGAUGACAAAAAUAUUCCCCAAACUAUUACCAUUCUUUAUAUACCAUCACAAUAUCGAAAUGAUUGAAGAUAUAAUAAGUUGGUAUCUCAAUAACAUGAACUCAAAAUUUUCCGAAUUUAGGUUUGCAAUUGCCAAUUCCUACAAAAAAGUGGUAGAACAGCUAACAAAUACAUAUGAAGAUAAGGAUAUACUUCCUCCACUUAUAUUAGAAAGAUUAACAGAUACUUCUAAUAUACUGAACAACAGUUCCUGGGAUACAGUAGACUCUGAUAGACUCCAUACUUUGCUUUUGAUCUCGGCGUUCAGUAUUGAUAUGAUUUAUAAAAGACUCCCUAACCAAAUAGAGGAAAUAAUUGUUAAAUUAAUUCCUCUUGCCUCUAGAUUUCAACAACGUAGCAUAUCUGUUAUUAGAGGUAACCAAGUAAGAGAUGCGGCUAAUUUUAUAUGUUGGUCAUUGGCAAGAUGUUCAUUAGAGAAUAAAAGUACAAUUGAGAACAUCAUUUUCUUUCUACUAACAAGAUCUAUUAUGGAUAGUGAUUAUUUGAUUAGAAAAUCUGCCAAUGCUGCCUUACAAGAGGUCUUGGGUAGGCAUGGUUACAAAAUUUUCGAUAAUAACACGAUCUUGGAGUUCAUACAACUUCCAAGUUUUAACCUUGAGAAACAUUUAUUUAGUAAUUUAGAAAGCAUAUUUGAGAUUACCAAUCUAAACUAUCCUUCCUUUUUGUCCAGGCUUUUAUUUUGGCUAGUUGAUUUUGGUAUUUUGGACAAUGUCGACUGCGAAACAACAUUGUUAUGUAUUUAUGGACUGAGCCAUCUCGCAUAUAAAUCUGCAGAAAAAAUAUUAAAAGACUUUGGUAUUACCACAAAACUCAAACAAUUACUCAGCAUUGCCUCUACUUUAAGCACGGAAAAACAGACCAGACUGAUAAAUCUAUGUCUCCAUUUACCUUCAGCCAUUAAUUUGAUUGAAGUACUACCGAUUUUAGGUAGUAUAUCAGAAAAAGUAUUAUCUUCACAACAUAAGUCGUUAUCGCAGGAGGAUAUUUUUCUUCACCUUACAAUCCUAAAAUUUUGGUCUGUUGCGAUUAAUGAGAGCAAACCAGUCUUGCUUACACACCAAGAUAUCCAGUUAUUUUUUAGCAUCGUUAGAGGCGCGCAAGCUACAAUUUCGAAUUUCUCUAAGUUCCAAGAGUAUUCCAACAUUAUUGUUAGUCAAAUUUCAAAUCUGGGAUCAAGCAUAUUCUGUACUGAUGAUAUAUCACGAUUAUUUUGGACAGAAUAUAAGAAAUUUAUUCGUUUUGAUAAUAUUUUAGCUUGUGGGUCUUUACCAUAUGUACAUGGAGAGAUGUUUAUUAACAUUUUAUCUGAAGUUUUACCUUUGUUGUUCUCUCAAGCAAAAGCUUGUAUCAUAAAAUCUAUAGAUGAUAAUACUCAGCUGCUCAAACCCUUCAUACAAACCAAGGACUUCAUGUACAUCAUGUCAGAUUUUUUAGAUGACUAUACUGUCACCGAUCAAGGUGACAUUGGUCGUCAUGUUAGAAUGCAAGCUGUUCAAUUCUAUAUGAACAAUAUUACAAUGUUUCAUCACAUAGACAAUGUCAUUCUUCAAAAAGUUGAAACAUCAUUGGUCAGGCUCAUGGCUGAGCCUUCCUUCUCUAUUAGAGAAAUGUCUUAUCAGCUGUUAUGCAAGAUAUACAGCUAUAAUGAAGUUCUUGAAUCUAACAAGUCAUAUGAAUAUAGUAUUCUUAUUUUCCAGAAGAAUAUUUUUAAGAACGACAAUAUCGAUUUCUGGAAAGGAUAUUGCCUAAACGGCGGUGCCAUUUACUCUACUGACUUACAAAUUGCUACAGCAAUUGAUGAAUUCAUAAAAUUCUAUACAAACGAAGGAAUUGAUGAGAAGAUCAAGCUAUGUAAUUAUCUGGCGAAAAUAAUCCCAGCAGCUCAAAAGAUCUUGGAUGAAAGGAUCAAAAACAAGAAAAAAAGCAUAACAGGUGGUAAGGAGUAUGAUAUAGUUAAGUUCACAAUAUCAGCUACUAUAUUUUGGAGAAGACUAAUAGAAUCUCAAUUGGAAGUUCCAUCACAUUUCAAUUUCAAUGGUCUUUUUGCCAGGGUAUACAAUAUACACUUACUCAAUAUCAAUAAAGUGAUGAAAACUAAUUGCAUAAAAUUGUUUCCUCUAAUAGCUAUUGCUGCUUCUAGAUCGCAAGCAGAUAAUGAGAAACAUCUAGCAAACAGUAUUUUGAAAAAAAUGAUUAUCUUGAUGAAACGGCUACCUACCACCAACAACCAACAGCCUCUGUAUAAGAAAGCAUACUUGGAGGGAAUAAUACAAAUACUUCUAUACUACAAAGCGGAUUCUCAAGUUGAAUUAUUACAAGCUACAGGUGAUACAGAUUAUGAACUUACCAAACUGAAAGAUGAAGAUAUAUUACUCAGUUGA